GUCAGUCGUUUAUAGCACUUCUUUGUGGUGAGAUGCCAAGCAAAAUAUCGUCCGUCGUGAAGUUAUUGUAUUAAGAAUAUUUUUUUUGCUAUAUAUAGUGUGUUCCUGUGGGAAAAGUAUUGUGUGCGUGGAAAAAAGCACAUUUUCCAUUUGGAGAAAAAAUUCAAUUUUGAAAAAACCGCCAAAUUUUUGCGUGAAUAUUUAGUGUGUAAAAAAAAACGGAGUCCCUCAAUUAUGUGCCACAGAAAUGUAUUUGAUAUUGGGUGCAAUUUCUAUGGAUGUAAAAUUAGAUCGUCUGUGCCGACCAUUUUGUAAGAGAUAGAAAAUACGUGGUGCCAGUGCGUGUGAAAAGGACACAGUGCUCUCACUCAAACCAAACUCACACCAUUUGUAACAUCUUGGGUGUGUGUUGUGUUCUUCUCAGUUUUUCUUUCCUCCUAUGUGUUUUUUUUCUGUGUGCAUUUUACUACCAAGAGUAAUUUAGGAGGCAAUGUCAAAUAUUCUCGAGAAAUAGGUAAAAAUACACAUAGUGCAAGGGAAAGAGGGGUGAUGUGCGCGGAAAAAUGGGGCUGUUUUUGGAUUAAUGAAAAAGAAACAAAAUAAAAAAUUACUGUGCUCUGUGGAAAUGGCCAAAUAUGGAUUUUUAGUGCCAAUUGUGCGAAUAAAUAAAAUGUAAAUGUUAGUCAAAAUAUUGCUAUUUGAAACAUGCAAUUUGCUGCGAGAUUUAAAUGAUUGUAAUCGUAGCAUAGGUACAUACAAUGUGUGAAGGAAAUGCAGAUGAAAAUAUUUCGCGAUAAAUGUGGAAUUUAUGUUGAAAAUUAGAGGAUAUUGCGCAUAUAGUGUGUGUGCUGUGUGGUUGGAUGAAUCACGCGCCACAGGAUAAUUGAGGAGCGACAAAAGGCAGUGUUUGUAUAUUUUCAUUGCGCAGAAGAAAGCAUUAAAUUCAGCGUGAGCAAUUAUGUCGAUGCGGAGCCAAAUGCUUCCGCAGCAACCAUCGCCAAAUGUGGGUGGUAGUGGCCCACCAAUUGGCGGUGGUGGUAGCAACAGUGGUGCCAAUAAUAUUGUUGUGAUGCAAAAAUCCGUGGCUAUUGUAACGCCACAGCGGAGCAAUUCGCUUGAUUAUUUGAAUUUCGAAGAGAAGCGCCAAUUGAUAGCAUCGUCACUUUCACUAUCGGAUAUUUUGCACUGCGGUCCAGCAGCAGCGGCUGCAGCAGCAAAGGAAGUAGCAGCUAAUACAGUUAUAGCUAAAAAACAGCACAAUGGCGCAGCAUUGCGUACAAAUAGUUUAGGCUCCGGAACUAGGACACCGCCAAUAGAACGGAAAAGCAAAUUUAGUGCAUUCGGACGAUUUUUCAAACCAUGGAAGUGGCGACGAAAAAAGAAGAGCGAAAAAUUCGAAGCAACAUCGAAAUCACUAGAGAGAAAAAUUUCAGUUCGUGCCAAUCGUGAAGAAUUAGUUCAAAAGGGAAUUCUUCUGCCAGAUUCGCCAAUUUCAGCAAUUCCAGAGUCAGGUGACGAUUCGUCCCUUUACAGUCCAUCUCCAAACGGUACAAAUAAUGCCGUCCUCACAAGUCCGACCAACCCAAACAAUCAGUCACUGCUAUCGCAGAAUCACAACAAUAAUCACAAUAAUAACUCCAGCACGGUGUCAAUGUCUUCGGGGCAUGUGCCUUCGUCGCAGUCAGUGCAGCAAAUUGGCGGCGGCCACUUAUCGACGGGGAUGGCGGCUCUAUUGGCGGGAAGUGGAGCCGGCGGGGGUGGUAGUCAUGUGGCGCACUCACAGUCGGCCCAUCAGUUGGGACACCAACCAACGGCGCCACUGACACCUCUUGCCCAGCACCAGCAGGCGCUCCAUCAGCAACUGCAGCAGCAUUUCGCCAACAACAACCUCGAACCGAGGAAAGAGAAGACUGACGUUAAUGCCGGUGGCAACAGUGCUCUCUCCCCGAGCAUAGAACAACCAUGUUCUGGACCGCUACCACCGGGUGGCAAUGGGAAUAGCGGUGGGAAUGGUGACAAUAACAAACCAGAGCGUCCAAAUUCUCUGGGUCCCACAAAGCUUUCGCGGAGGAUAGUUUUCUGCCACGGGGAUCACUACCGAGAUCAGCAGCAGGGUGUGAUGCGUGGUCCGACUCCUCCACCGUCGGGACAGCAACAGACACCAUCAGUUGAUGGGCAACAGCAGCAAUUGUCGGCCCAUAUACUCCUGUCUGAGUUGCCAGAACCACCGAUUCCUGUGUCUGAGAUUGGACCGAUCCCACCGCCGCCGAUGUUCUGCACGCCGAAUUCCCCAUUGAUAGCUAGUCGGCCGCAUGGGCCGGGUGCGCAAAUGCACGGCGGUGCCAACAGCAGCUUGAACGCCGUUGGCGGCAUACACAACGCACAAUUGGAAAUGGCAGACUAUGAUUACGACGAUCAAGAUGAACUCGAUGGGGAGGAUUUAGAUUCGGACGAUGAGUAUAUUUUCCAUCAACCAAAUCCAAACAUCGAUACGGGGCGUGUGGAAGAAAUUCCCGCCAAGGAGCCCCUCUUCAAUGCCGUUCCCCUCAAGUCGGCACUGAAGAAGAAGGCCAGCGGUGGGGCAGGUGCGAUGAAUGCAGCAACAUCGACAGGAUCGAGUCCGGGUACACCAACACAGGACAACAACAGCAACAACCGCCCACUGGUUGUGCGCCAAGAGAAUAAUUCAUCACUCAAGCCCAUCCUACGGCCAAGGAUUAGAAUAUGUUCUCGCCCCAUGAGAUUUGGCAUUGGACUUCCGUGUACGAUGGAGAACAAAGAGAAUGCCCGCCCGUAUGUCCUGCGUGAGGAUACAGAUAGUGAUCAGAGUGAUGGUCCCAUUUUGUAUCGUGAUGACGACACGGCAACAGAUCGUGCGGCAAAAAUUGCGCGAAAGGAGAGUCUUUCCCUAAAGCUAGCCCUUCGUCCUGAUCGGCAGGAUCUCAUUAAUCGCAACAUUUUGCACGCGCAAUCCGACAAUGAGCGACUGGAGUCAAAGGAAGCCAUCGGUGCUAAGCUCAUCCGACGUCUCUCCAUGAGGCCCACAGCUGAGGAACUUGUGGAGCGCAAUAUUCUCAAAACUCAAACACCCGCCGAAGAGAAGAAGCAAAAGGAGGAGAAGAAGAGAUAUUUGCUGCGAAAGUUGAGCUUUAGACCAACUGUUGAGGAGCUGAAGGAGAAGAAAAUUAUUCGCUUCAAUGACUACAUUGAGGUGACUCAGGCACAUGAUUACGAUCGGAGAGCGGAUAAGCCGUGGACUCGCUUAACGCCCAAGGAUAAGGCCGCCAUCCGGAAGGAGUUGAAUGAAUUUAAAAGUUCAGAAAUGGCUGUGCACGAGGGCAGUCGUCACCUCACGAGAUUCCAUAGACCAUGACGAUUGCAAUGGCUCUUCGCAAUGGAUGUGGGCAUAGAGAUGAUUCUACUGAUUUUACUGUCACACUUGAUCCUUCCGGAAAUUGAUUCUUUUCUGUACACUAAAGUGCCGACAGUGAAAAACUGCUGCUACGAAGCGAGUUGCUGUGAUAGACCUGUUGACGUUAAUAUUUUUUAGCGAGCGCCAUUCAUUUUAAUUAGACAAAAAGAAAAGAGAACAAAAAAUUGAGGAUGUGAAACUGAGAAGAGAUUCAUUUAAAAAAAACCUCUAUAUAGGAUAGAAAUUCAAUAUAUUUAGAUUUUUUCAGUUGCGGAUUUAUGUUGCUCUGAGAAUUUCGGGAUGAGAAAUUAUGUGGUGGAAUGACACUACAAGUACAUAUAUUAUUUUGGGGACAACUCCGGGAAAAAGGGGGAAUCAUGAGAGACAAUGUGAGCAGAGAGAGAGAAAGCUCUGAUUAGUGUCCACAUAAAUUGUGUUUGUACUUGAAACCAAAGGGAACAAUGAUGGGGUACUUUACUCCUCAAGACGCAAUCUAUCUUUGCAACGAGAAAUAAGGAGGACACACAUGAGGAGAUUCUCACAUUUAAUGCUCUUUUGUAAUUAAGUGGAGAAAAAACAUGGAGGAUGAUGAAGUAAGAUCAUCAAUCUCCAUCGAUUUGAGAGCAAAUAAAUUCUCAUUGAAUACAAAGAAGCAAAGACAUCCUUCCAUUGUCUCGAGGAUUCUUCUUCGAAAAAAAAAAUCUUCCUAAAUGUCUCUCCAAAAAAAAACCGCCCCAAAAUUCUCAAGCUCACCCCCCAAAAGAAAAAAAAACUCCGCUAACAUUGUAGAUUCAUAAAUUUAAAAAGAAAGAAAAAACAUUAACCCAACUGUAUUGUCUCCUCAAAUAAGAAGAAAACUCCAUCUAUCUGAGUGAGAAGAAGAUAGCAACAUGUAAAUUUAUCCUUAGUUGUACAUAAAUACAUAUCGAAGGAAUUUCGCGUAUUUUUUAAGUAAACCUAAUAUAAAGAAAAUAUUUUAAUUUCUAAAAAAAAAAAGAAAUAAUUAAUAUAAAUCUCUGUCCAUCAGUUCACCAUUUGGGUAACAAAAAAAUAAAAAGAAAAGAAUAUAUUGCAGAUUCCUUUCAGAAGAAAAUGAGCGAAGUUUGUGAAAUUUUUUCGGAAAUUCUUGUUUUUUGUAUUUUAUUCUUUUCACAGGCCAAGGCAGAAAAUAUCAUCGCGGUUUAUUUAAAUUAAUAAAGGUAUUAAUUGUCGAAGUAUUUCUCCAGAUUUCUCACAUAAAAAUGAAAAUUUUAAAUAAAAUCGAAAACUUGAUCAUUACAAUAGCUGAAAUUUAUUAAUUCAUAAAGUUUAAGUUUCAGUAGUAUUUGAUAUGUUCUAAUUUUAAUUUGCAGUUUGAUAUCUAUUUAAAAAAAAUAGAAUCUGAAGUUUUAUUUGAGAUUUUAAAAGAACUUUGAAGGCCUUAUUUGAAACUUUGGAUAUAAGUUUAAAAUUUCAGUAUUUUGAAUAAACAGUCUGUUUUUUUUUAUUUAAAUUUUAUUUCAAAGCAUUGAAAAAACAUUUCUGUAUCAGAAUUUGUAAUUUUUAGUGUUUGAAAUAAAAUUUCAAAGUCAGUAUUUUAAACUUUAAGCUAAAUUUCAGAGUCUCAAAUGUUAUUUCAGUCUUUCAAGUAUUUCUUAAAAUUACUGUAUUUCAAUUUCAGUCUCUAAAGAAACAUUUCAGAGCAUAACUGAAAUUUUAAGACCUAAAUUUCAUCUAUUGAAUCCAUGAAAAGUAUUAUCAGGUAUUAAUUUUAAAAGUUCAAGAUUUAACGGCGGGUUGAAUUUUUAAUUUUCAGCCUUCUAGAUAUAUUUCAAUGUCAGAUUUUUAACGUUUGGGGCGUGAAAAAUAUAUAAAAUGGUGAAAUUUUUGAAAUUCAAGUAAGAAUUUUAAUUUUCAGUCCCUGAAGAAAUAUUUCAGUUUAAGAAUCUUAACUUUCAAUGAAUGUCUUAAGGAGUUUUAUUCUCUGAAAGUUAACAGAAAUUCCAGAAUAUGUUUAAUUUCUGUUUCAAAAAGCAAUUCCAGAGGCUAUAUCAAUAUAGGAAAAAAAUGAUUCAAGAUUAAAAAAUUCAAAACUUCACUUUAAAAUUCAUUUCAUUUUAUUUUUCAUUUAAUAGUGAUAAAAUUUAAAUUAUUUGUUCUGAUUUUUUUAUCUGUGUUUUUCUUGUAUUCAUACCUUUAAAAUUUAAUUUUCAAUGUCCUUUUUUCCGAGUUUUAGUUUUCUAAAAAAUAAAUUUCAGAUGCUUGAAAAAUAAUUUGAUUUUCUAAUAGAACUUGGAAAAUUUCAAAGUUUUAAUUUGAAAUUUUAUACGAUAUUAAAUGAAAAAUUGAUCCUUAAAUUCUAAUUUAUGAUUUCAAUUUGAAUUUCUAAAAUUAAAAUUCAUUCAAAUAUUCUUCAAUCCUCAACAACUUUGUAAAAACACUGCGAUGCUAUUUUCUGCACGAAUCUGUGGCAAAAGUGAUUUAAAUUAAAAACAUCUUUUGAGCAUCAUUUAAUGAAAAAAAAAUAAGAGAAAAUAUAUUUACCAUUGAACAGAAAUAUUUAUAAUCAAAAGAAAAGGACGAAGGAGAGAAUUUAAAAAGAAAAAGGCGAGAAAGUGGGGAUGAUUUUGUAAAAGCCUCAGAGGCUCUCUGUGAGAUUUAUUAAUGCGAUUUGUCGCAAAAUAUUGAGAAGAAUUCUUGGCGCCAUGAAAUUGCAAAAGAAAAAAAAUUAAAUUAAUCUCUCUUCUAACUUUUCAUCUCUGCAACGGAUAAUCUCCGCAUGUCUUUUGCUCAGUUUUUCUUUUUGUUCUUUUUUUGUGUGGCUGAGUUAUUCCAAGAACUUUGCCAUUUGAAAGUUUUCCCUGAUGUGGAAUGAAAGAAACAAAAAAGGAGAAAAAAAAUAGACAGAGCAGAGUUUUGACCAAAAUGUGUGUAAAAAGCAAUAUAAAAAGGAAAAUAAUUCUCUUUGAAAUGAAAUACAAGAAAAUAUAAAAGAAGAAAUUCUAAACUGUUCAGUUUCCAAUUUUUCUUGUUUUAUUUCAAACCUUUUUCUUCCUCACCCUCUGUAAAUGUGAAGAAAAGAACUUUUUUAUAAGAAUCUUUAAAAUGUCUUUUUCUACUUGGGUACGAUGUAGAGAAUUGUGUAGAGAAUAAAAUUAAAGAAAAAACAAAAAGAAUUCAUGAAAAAAAUUGAGGUUUCCAUUGGACAAUUGUUGCAGGUAUUACAUAUUUAAUUAAACAAAAAGAAAAGAAAAAUGAAAAAGAAUUACAUAAAACUCUUAAUAUUUUAGGCCAGAAUAAAGCACACAAAACACUCAAAAAAAAUCACUCAAAGUGAAGAAAAAAGUUUCAAACUAAACAUAAAAAUUCUCUGAGAGUGAAGAAAAUCAAAUUUUUUGAAAGACAAUGAAUAAAUAUUUAAUAAAAAUCAACAAGUUUUACUCUGCGUAGCUAUUUAAUUGCACGACAAGAAAAAGUUGUGAAGUUUUGGUAAAAAAAAUUGAUGCUGAAGAGCAAAAAAAGAAUCAAUUUUGUAGGUAAAACAAAUAAUAAAAAGAAAUGUUGAAGAAGCUGAAAAUUGCGCCAAAUUACCAUUUUCCCCUCCACGUUAGAAGAAAAGGAAAACCUUUCCAAAAUGCAAAAUCCACACACAUACACCCAAGAAAAAAAGUUUUGCCAACCAGUGAGUUGAGAAAUUGAGCCAUAAGACAUUUUUUUAAACAAAAAAAGAUAAUUCUAUGUAAAUAGUUGAUGAAUUUAGUGGGAGAGAGAGCAUAUAAAGAGUAAAAUAGAAAAAAAAUGAUAAAAAAAUCAUUCCAAUUUUUUGUGAAAUGAACGAAAAAGUCGAAGUGAGAUAUAAUGAAAAAAAAUUUAGAAUGUAGCAUGAAGAGAGAGAAAAUGAGAGAAAUCAUUUAUUUUUCCAAUAAAAAAAAUCCUCAAGUAAUUUAUUAACAAAAAAAACUCAUGCAUAUUGUAAUGAAGAGAUGAAAAAAUCACUUGGCUAAAAAAAAUGACCUAAAUAUAGAACCAUUGCAUGUGUGGGCGUUUUUCCGCAAAAGGAAAAUUAUCCGUGAAGAAAUAAACUCUUGUUGAUGGGAGCAUAAAGGACCUGAAAAAAACUCAGAGAGAGAGAAAAGAAAUUUCAAAGGAGAAAUACCUAUAUAAAUUAUCAAACAUCCUCCGGAAAACUUCAAAGAUAUUUUUCAAUAUAUAUGUAGGUAUGUACCUUGGAUCUAAUUUAUCAUGUAAAUUUUUUUUGUUGGGAGGAAAGGAUGACUUUUAUUAAAGGUUCUUUGUGCUCUGUACUGCGUUAUAGUAUUGCUUUUGUUGAAACAAUCAAGAGUAGAAGAGUUGGGAAAGAUUGUUAAUCUUUGCAGAAUUCUGGGAAAAGUGGGAAAACUAAACCCGGAUUUGCCCAUUUUGUACCAUUAUAUUUAUUUAGUUCAUCUGGGAAUUUUAUUUCACUGAUUUUUAGUGCAUAAAAAUGAUUAAAAACGUUUUUAUUUUUAUAAAAAACAAAAGAAUUUAAGUCAAGGAAAAGACAUUUAGAACUUCUUGGAUAAUGACCCUUAUUCAGCGACCAAGAAACCCUUGAAAUUAGCUUGAAAUCUUGAAAUUUCAGAACAAAAUUUAAAGUUUUCAAGGGUUUAUUGGUCGCUAAUUAAAGCCCAAUAUUUCAAGAAUUUUCAUUGAGAAUUUUCUGGAAAAUUUAAAAAAUUCUCAGACUGCGAAAAUUUCUAAAACUUCUUGGGAAAUUAAAAGAAUUUUCAAAUCUUGGGUCCGAUUCUUAAAAAAUCUUUUUUCUUAAAACGAAUUUUUGUAACAGUUUUGACAGAUAAUGUGUUUAAUGUUCAAUUGUUGUUCCAGAAAAUUAUUAGAAAGAUUUUUAAAGAGCCUUGGAAAUGAAUUUUCCUUUAAAAACACGAUUAAAGAAAGAAUCAAACUGUUAACUGUCAAAAUAUUUUAAGAUUUUUCGUAAAAUAUCACGUAAGUAACGAAUUGUGUGUAACAAAAGAAAAGAUUUUAACAAGAUUCGGUUCUUUUGUUAAAAGAAAAAACGUCGAAUUUCAGAAAAAAAUUCCAAAUAAACGUCAAAUGUUCGAAAUGUCAAAAAAUUUAAAAGAUUGGACAGGUAUGUCAGUGUUAAAAUUAACAUCAAACGUAAGAAGAGAAAUAUCAAGCGUUACAAGAAAUUAAGCUCCAACUUAAGCAAGGUAAUGUCAAACGUAAAACGUUAGAGAGUGAACAUCAAACAUUAGAAUAAAUGACAAAAUGUCAAAUGUUAGUAGAGAAAUAUCAAGCAUCUUGGGAAUUAACGAAAAACUUAACGGCAGUCGUUAGUAUUGCAGAAGCUAUCAGAAUCUGCUAAUUCGGCUAAUUCGAAUGCAACAGAAAAAAACAACAAUCCCUUAAUUAAUUUUCUGACUACGCCCUUGGAAAAUAGAAAAUUACCAAUAAAAUAAGGAAGUUUGAAUAUCUUGUUUUAUUCUACGUUCUGAAAUACGCACCAAAAUAAAUUAAUUGUUUUUAUUAUUAGGAAUGUUUUAAAAUCGUUCAAAUUAAUUUUUCUCCAUUAAUUACGAACAGUUUAAAGGGGAUUUAUAAAACAACGAAAAUUAGAAGCCUCAGUCCCAAAUUCUUAUUUGCUCUUUUUAAUUCACAACAAGACUAAAUGUCUCCUGAUUGUUGCACAAAAUGAGAUUUUCCCGGUUUUUUUUAUACAAAAUCAGCUAAACUCUUUUCAAGAAUAUUCCUUGCGUAAUUCACUGUACCCAGUUUUCCCCUAUUGCUGCUAAAACUGAACAAGACAGAAACAAAUUCUUCAUGGACAAUUUGAGGAUUUAUUUCUUCCUCUAAAAGCUCCAAAAAGAGCUUUUAAAAAUAAAGAAGAAAAUGCUUGCACAUGCAAUGGCGGCUCCGCUGCUUCUAAAUUUAAAAAAAAAAUGAAGAUUGAGAUUUAAUAAAAGAGAAAAAAAAACCUUAAGAUUAAAUGAAAAGUAAAUUCAUUGUAAGAAAAAAAUAUAUAUUCGUAAAAUUGUAUUUGGAGCGAUGAUGGUAAAGAAGCUAAAACAAAAAAAAAUAUUUAUUAAAAAAAUGCAAUGGUGCUUUUUUGAGGCAUUGUAAUUUGUGAGAGAGAUAAACGUGAAAAUGAGAAUAUUUGUGAGAUCCAAGAAAAGCUUCAUUUUUCUUCCUUAAUCGCCAAAUUCCUGCUAAUUCUACUCCAUCAUUUAAAAUUAAUAAUAAUGAAACAAAAAAUUGCCCAAAAAAUUGAUUAUUUUUUGCCUUUCCACACAACGUCCUAUACCGCCCUUCCCCAAUUUCCCACAGUUCCCACUCUUCUUGCAAUGUAGCCAAAUGAAAUUUUCAAUAGAAAAAAAUGCCAGAGAAAUCUUCAAAAAAUAAAAAUCGUGCGCAGAAGCUUUUUAAUCGCAAGAAUUCAGAUUUUCUUGUGCGAAUGAGGAAAGUUUUUUCCCCUCUUUGCACAAGAAACAAAAUGCAAAAAAAAGAUUAAUUUUGCGGAGAGAAAAAGAGAAUAAAUUAUGUAAAACAUACGCAAUUUAGCUUAGCAAGAAAACAAGAAAAAUUCUAUAAUUACAACUAAAGUAAAAAUGCAAAAAAAAAAAAGAUAAAUAAAAGUAUUGAAGAUGGAUUUAUAGAAGUAAUAUGAAAAAGAGAGAGAGAAGGUGGAAAAAAAGAAGAAAAUUUGUGAAAAUUGUCAUGAAAAAAAAUGUUAAUAAUAGUGAAUUUUUUGAUGAAGAAUUACCAAGUUCCAAAAAAUAAGAGAGAAAUGAUUACUGAAGAGAAGACUUGCUGAGAGAAGAAAACUUUCUUUUUACUGUGCAAAAAAUUCUCAAAGAAAGAACAAAAUAGAAUGUAGAAACUUUCA